CACCCGCAUCCAGUGCAGCCCCAGCUCAGGCUCACUUGGCUGGAGACAUCUGCUACUAGAAGAUGUUCUCUUGCUGCCUUCUCACCUCUGGGGGCUCUGGCUCCCAGGAACCCCAGGGGUGCGGCUUGUUCCUAUGCUGUAGGCAGUGGCUCCAGCAUAGGUACCAAGGCAUCAGGGCGGUGAUCAGGAGGCACCAUCAGAGCUCCACCCGGGUCGUGGGGUGCGAGCAGGACGAAGGGGUCGUCUGCCCCACCGCCUCCAGGAUCAGGGAGGUGCCCUGCGCAGCUACCAGAGGCCAGCGCGGGCUCAGGGGUGCAGGGGCCGCGGCCUGGAGGGGGCAUCGGAUCGUCCCGAUGAAUUCCAGCCGGACGGAGCUGCUGGAGCUCGAAGUCCGACAACUACUGCCCGCCUUGCUGUCCAGGGACGUCAUCUCCAUUUUCACCUUUUUGGAUGGCUAUCGUACAUUUGCCACCACGGACGAGGUGCUGGACCUGCUGUUCACCGAGUAUGGGUACAUCGUAGCUGCAUGUGGUAAUAACAACGCCAUCCUGCAGCGCUGGAAACUGGCCAUCUCCUGCAUGCUGGAAAUAUGGCUGGAUUAUUAUCGGGACGACUUUUGUCAGCUCCCAGCAUUUCCCUCCCUUAGGAAACUUCUACAAUUCCUAAGUCACCACCUGCCAGGCUCAGACGUGGAAGUCCGGGCCUGGCGUUACCUCAGGCAAUUCAGAUGCCUCCAUGCAGCGAAGCCAGAGGCUGGGGCUUCGGCCCGAGGAAAACACCGUGAACCUGCUCUGGAGCGCGCCCCAGCUUGGACCGUGGGGCCUGCUGCCCCGUCGGGGCCUGAAGGGAUCGAGGCCAUCCUGGAUGCUGGUGCUGAGGACUCGGCCCGCACUGAGGCGCCUGCUGGGGAGGCGAAGCCCCUGCAGAUAGUGGUCACUGCUCUAGUUCAUUGCUCUGCCCUGCAGGAGCCCCCUGUACCCCUGGGCGACCUGGAGGAGGAGCAGGCGCCACCCCCUGCUCUCGAGGUCGUGGCUAUGCCCGAGCCACCUCCUAACUCGAUGGAGCAACCGGCCUCAGGGCCGAGGAAACCACUUGAACCACCCGAAAAGCCCACCCCACCUCUGACUGUGGAGCCUGGGGAAGAUUCAGGGUCUGAGGGGAUAGUGGCUGCUGGAGAUGAGGACUUGGUCAAGGCAGAGAUGCUGGUUCCUGAGGUGAAGGUGGUGCACGUGCUGGUCGAACCUAUGGUUCCCUGCUCCGAUGAGGAGGAGCCCCCUGCACCCGUGGCCACCCCGGAGGAGUAGGCCCAGGUGCCUGUAAUUGGGGUCCCCAGAGGGCCAGACCUGCCAUCUGCCUCCAGAACAACCAGCUUCCACCUGUUAGCAGCCCCCUGACCACCUAGGGAGCCCGCCCCAGCUCUCACCGUGGGGCUCGUGAUGGCUGCAGCCCAACGGAGGCUUGCCCUCCCCUGUUAUUUCACUGUUUCUAUAUUUUGAGUUUUUCUUUAACCUUUAACCUGUAUAAUGGCUUAUAGAGUUUUAUUGUAAU